UAAAACGUCAAUGCGGCAGAAACUUUUGAGUAUCGGUUCCCAGUAGUGCACCGUGGACUGGCGAAAAAAGGCUAAAGGCUUAAUCAAUUGUCAUUUUGUGACAUUUUAGUUUAUAAGCUUUCUUAUUUUUAUUUGGGCUAAGUUUUUAUUUUCUUUUUUAUUGUUUAUGUUUUACAUGAAUUACUUAUAAUGACACGUGCAUUACCAUAUGCUUUUUAAUGGAAUGUAAAUAGUUGAAAAUCAGGCCCUAAUUGUAGAAAUCAAUUCAAGACUCCAAAACAAGAAGUAGGUAACAUAUAAAAACUGAUUAGACGCAUAGGUAUAGUGUGGCCUGGUUCAAUUUAUUAUUUUGUUAAGGUUUUUGUAGCUGUAGGCUUUAUACUGCAACAAGUAUUCGCAUGCUUUCAAAUCCAAAAUUGUCUCUCCGGAGCUGUAGGUAGGUCAGCCUAGAUUUCACUAUGGAGUGUAUAGCAAGCCGUGUUUGCCAACUUUGCCAGCAAAAGCUGCCAGACAAUGAAUACAAAAAUCAGUCUACUUCUAUAAAUGAUUUGGCAAAUGUGCUAUUUUUGAAAUGGGAUAAAUCAUCGGUAAAUAACAUAAUAUGUAAUACAUGCAUUGCCAAAAUGGAAGAAUUUUGUGAAUUCAAGUUCAAAUGUUUAAUUACUGAAGAAAAAAUAAAGAAAUUUAAAGUAUUAGAAAGGCGUCAUAGUGGUGAUAAAGCAGAUAGGUAUAUAUGUCGAUUUUGUAAAGAAGACAUCACAGAAAUGUCUAUUAAGCCACUUAUGGAAUGGUUAAAGGAUGGUUUACAAGAAAUCGUUGAGGCACAUUUUCCAGAAAUUGAUAUAUAUGCAGUGAAAGAUAGUUUCAUAUGUAAACCAUGCAGUCAAAAUAUAUAUAACUUUGGGCAAUUCACUGCAGCAUGGAGCAAUAACAAUUUUAACGGAGAUUGGGUCAAUGGGCUCGUUAAAAAGGAGCAUAAUCCCGUUGAGAAAUGCAAUACUGAAAAAGACGAGGAAUCCUCGAAUACCAAACUUAAUACUGGAGCCAUGAUUGACACAGAAGGCAACGCGCGGAGAAAACCUAUAGAAACACCUAACAAGAUUUGUAAGAGCCAAAUGCCACAACCUUUCCAGGAGGAUUGCUUAAAAAAAGAACCAGUUGAUAGGAAUUCAACAGAAGGAUUAGAGGUCGUAAUGCUUGACGGAGAACACUGCAAAAAAAGAGCCAAGAGAAACUCUGUACUAAAUAAGCACAAAUGUUCCAAAUGUGAUUUUUCGCACAAAUUCAAGAGUUCCGUUAAAGAUCAUCAAAAAGUCCAUAAAGAUAUAUUCAAGGUGCUCUUGUACAAAUGCGGAUUUUGUCCAUUUGAAUCAAGACAUAAAGCAGCGGUAUACACCCACAAUAAGUUGCAUAAGGACCCUUCUGAAUUGAAAAUGUACAAGUGCGGCGAGUGCGAUUAUCAAGCUAAAAUAAAAUCUCAAGUAAUCAGUCAUCAAAGAAUGCACAAAUUGGCAAUGUUGAAAUGUACAGAAUGCAACUUUGAGACGAAAUACCGAGAAUCCUUGAGCAGACAUAAAAUGGUUCACAAAAACGGGGCAGACGUGAAAACCUUCAAAUGCUAUCAGUGCAGUUACACGACAAAAAGAAAACAUAACCUGAAGGGGCAUAUGUUGAAACAUAAAGACGAAGGGGUAGUCAUGCAUAAAUGUGACUCGUGCAGAUUCCAAACGAAAUACGUAGAAGCGCUUUCUAGGCAUAAAACACUGCUACACUUGGACGGGAAAAUAUACCAGUGCCCGCAUUGUAACUACAAAGCCAAGAUCAAAAGCUAUUUAGGCAAGCACUUGAUGAACCACAAAGAUUCCUCGGAGCUGAAACGGUACAAUUGCAAUUUCUGCAGCUACAGUGCCAAGGGAUUAGCACAAAGAAACAGUCACAUGAAGGUCAUGCAUAAUCCCCCUAAAUUUCAGUGUGCUAUUUGCGGUAAUAAGGUCAGAACUAAGCGUAACUUGAACGUGCAUAUUAUAUCGAAACAUCCCAGAAAGCUGUGGAGCAAGUGCAGCUUUUGAUGCGUGAUGUAGGCUGUUCUUUCCAACAAUAAAUUUCUGACCCCCACCCUACUAUUUUCUAUGACCGAUUAGAAAAAAUGAUUUGUACAAAAGAUGUAGGGUCUAAUAUAAGGAUUUGGGUGCAAUAUACAGGGUGUCCGCAAAGUUGGGGCUGUCCUUUUCAGAAACAACUACCCUUGAAAUAACAAAGGUAAUGUGUAGUGAAACGAGGGCGACCACGUAAAAAAAAAAUAAAGGAAAAAGUACUCACUCUCCAGUUGACGAGAAGGGCUAAGUACGUCUCUGCCCGAAAUCAUACCGCUCCAACAGAACAUGAAAUCAGCUGAUGCGCUACCGAGCAGACGCAGGCGGUGGUGCAGACCACGAACAGAGGUAACAAAUAUGACGGCGUUGCCGCGUUUUCAGUUUUUAGGUAAACGUACUUUAUAGGUAUUGUUCGAAGUUAUCGCCAUUUGAUUCAAAAACACAGGUGCGUGCACGACGUAGCCAAGCAUCGGUGCAGGCUUUGAGAAUGGAGUCCCUCCCCCGAAUGAAAGCACCAGCUUGUUCAAUUCUGAGACGAAGUUCGUCAACCGUAUGCACUUCAGUUUUGUACACUAAGCGUUUCAUUUCUCCCCAAAGAAAAAAUCACAUGGUGUUAAGUCUGGAGAUCGCGGAGGCCACGCUACCGAUCCACCUAUUCGGAAAUAAUUCAUUCAAAAACUCACGCACUUCGCGUCUAAAAUGGGGCGGUGCACCAUCGUGCAGAAACCACAUCGAUUGUCUUACACUUAAUGGCACAUCUUCUAACAAGGAAGGCAAAAUGUUGCGUAAAAAGUCUAGGUAUUGCAUCCCGUCCAAUCGAUUUGGGAGAAUAAAUGGUCCAAUGAGCAUACCGUUCACCAUUCCAGCCCAAACAUUCACCGAAAAUGUUUGUUGAAAAUGUGCCCGACGGACAGCGUGCGGAUUUUCUACUGACCAAACAUGAGUGUUGCGAAAGUUAUUCACCCCAUUACGCGUGAACGUAGAUUCGCAACAACCACACACAAAACCGCACUCCUGCUGGAAAAUCGUCAGGUUGAAGGGCUUGUACACGUUGGACGUGAAACGGAUACAGCCCCUCUUCACGCAGCGUUUGCCACACUUUAGUUUUUGAUACUUGCACUUCUCUAGCCACGUCUCUAGUGCUUGUUGAGGGAUUCUCGUCUACGCGAUUCAGUAGUUCUUCCUCAAGUUGCACCAUUCGUGGUUGUCUAGGCCUCCCACUGUGCCCGCCUCAAAAUUCCUCCAAAUGGCCCGUAUCCCUGACUCUCUGGAACAGGUACACAAAUCUGCGGGGCCUUGGAUGAUGUCGUCUAGGGAAACGAUCUGCAUACACUCGCGAAGCCUCUGUAGCAUUUUGAAGACAUUCGCCAUAAAUUAACAACAUAUCAACGAGUUCAUUAUUGGUGUAUGAGUGUGCCAUUAUUUUUUUUUGAAGCGCAAUCGAUUAUACGGGUUCGUUUACCUCUACACGCGUGACCGUAACCGUCGGUUGAAGGUUGCAUACUGACCUGACACACUGACCCCGACCCAAUUCUGUCGUCGGGUUGAGCCAGUGACCUUGUACCAGUCGGUGAUGUCGCGGGUCGCGGCUACAGAACGGUAUUCAGAUAUUUUUGAUGUUGUUUUCAAGAUCUACACGUCGUGUAAAGGAAAACCCCAACUUUGCGGUAUUAUGUAUUUGGAGCCUUUUCGAAUACACAUAGUGUUUGGUUCUGCUACCGUUUCAUAGAUGGCGCUAUGAUCUCCACUCCCUUUUGGACCUUUAUAAUGUGUGUUUUCAUUGGAUAUCUUCAGGCAUUGUUUCAAGUAUUCCGCCUGAAGUUACCCAAUUAAAAUAGUCUCGAAGAGAAGUAAAAGAAGAAGAAAAUCCUAGCGCCAUAUAUGAUGUAGUAUCAGAACCAAACACAAGCUGUUUUCAAAGUGCAUUUCUAAAUUCAUUUUUGUGUUCAGCUACGGUCUCAUAGAUGGCGGUAGUGUCUUUCAGAUUACUUUUUGGGCGCGGGGAUACAGUCAUUAUGGUUGGCUAUCUUCAGAUAGAUUACAUAUAUCAAUGCUGAUGGUCAGAAAUUAUUUGUUGGAAAGAACUGAAAGCAACGAAUAUAUAGACUCAAAAAUAGUGUAGUAUGGUGAUCCAAAAAGUAAGUCACAUUUUUCCAAAUUAUAGGCUUUAAAAAAAUCGCGGUGUGAUGAACUUUUAGUACUCAUUACUACAAAGUUAAAUUUUUUCUCAGACGAAAUGACGGACAGUGUCAUCAAGACACACAGUAACGCCGCUUUCAUUAAUUCAUUAUUGUGUAGUGCCACCUUGUCUGUGUACACGUUGUAUAUACGUGUUACCACCGACUUUAGCUGCCAGCGUUGCCACCUCUCGGACUUUAGCCGCAGCUUCACUUUCCGUCGUCGAGAAACUCUGAGAAUAAGAAAUGUUCACAAUCAAUAUGUGGGAGAUAAACAAUUUUAUAAAUAAAAAUAAAAAUUGGGUCUGUUUUAAUUACUUCUACUGCAACGUGGCGGUGUCGAUGAAAAUUGCAUGCGAACGUUCAAAAUACAGCUUAGGGUUGGCCCACCUUCUUGGAUAAUAUAUUAUUUAUAACUAAGUCGACUGGACUAUAAUUUCAUGUUAAUUCCGCUUUCUAUGUCCACUGGCUCGGCCGUGACUGAAUUAAUCAAUGAUGAUAACAAAUGUCGGGUAUUUGUAACAUUAGAUGAUAGUGACGAUAUUAAGCUAAUUUGUUUAUUUGAGAUUUAUUUAGCAUUAAUGCUACAAUAUCCAGGUUACACAGUAUAACACAAUAUAUUGUCUCCAAGACUACAUAUUUUUAUACAGAAUUUCACCAAUAAAUCAGCAUACUCGUAUUUUGAUAAUGGUGAUCAAACAAGAAACAUUGAUGAAAUGUAAGCUUCUAUAUCCACUGUGACAUUACUCUUAGAAAUUAAGUGUUGAUAAUUUACAUGAACUUUUACAUUAGAAUUAUAUGAAUAGAUUAUUUCACCUCCGAAGUGCAAUUCAAAUCAACAUACAUAUAUAAUUAUUAUGUAAAGAUUGAAAUUUAUUAUGCUAUCUUCCUAGAAGAAAGUGACCACUAUCUAACAUAUAAUGUAACUAUUGAUAUUUCAGUCAACAAUGCUGACCAGUCGUUUUCCCUUUUAGAGAGAAAAGCGUGCGCUAUAUAAGCGUCGUCGUCAUGUAACGUUACGAAGACCAUUUUCUAGAUAACUGAGUCAAAUAAACUUUAUUUAUGAAUUUAAAUUGUAUCAUAAUCUAAAAUAUGAGUAUUUUCCAUUUUUGACAUAGUCACCAUAAAUAUUCGAACAUUUGUGUGCUUUUGGUCCCAUUGUCAAAGAACGCUGCCGUCUGUACCAGUUGGUGACUGUUUCUUUCAACAUGUCAUUUUCCAAGCGCUUUCCACCAACAAGUUCGUUGAGUUAUGGAAUAAGAUGAAAGCCUGAUGAUGCUAAGUCAGGGCUGUAUGAUAGACGACCCGGUAUUUCGCAACGAAACUUGUCCAGUUUCGUCUCUGUUUUUGUCGCAAAGUGAGGCCGAGCGUUGUCGUGAAGCAGAACGACGCCGCUAGAGACGACGCUUCGCUGCCGGUUUUUAUUAGCAGAAUAGCAAGCUGCUGGUGAAUUUCAGCAGGAGAAACCAUUUUUGCAUUUAAACACCGAAUUACUGAGCGGGUUUGUUAGUUGAUGAGGCGACAUAUAAAGCAGUAUAACCACACAACCAAUACCGACAGAGACGUGAAACGUAAUAGGGACUGACCAAUCGUGUUAUCGGACCGAAAAAGACGAUAUCGGCAGACAGUGUCGUUGAAAUUCGGUAGAUUCAAGGACAACAUCGGAAAAAAACACGGCAGUUACAAGAUCAGCGAUGGAUCAAGGGACUUUGCGUUCGACAGCGCCAUAUAUGAAAAAAAAAAUAUAUUUUUGGAUUACAUAUACAGCAUAGGUUUUUUGGGGGCAUCUGUUCCUUGAAAAAUAUCAAGUUUUUUAUUACAACUUAUACAAUAAGCAUACUGGUCGCUCGUCAUAUUACUUUGCAACCAUCAUUGAAACUCCUUUUUUUAUAAGAUUCCGAACAUUUUUCUGUUUACUCCUGACCAAAAUUUACGUUCCUCGUGUGCCCGUUUGUUCAAGUGUACGCUUAUGUAUUUUUGACUCCUGUUCUUUUUCUGUAAAAAAUCUCUUAUAUCUUAAUUAUUUUAACAAAUCGUGGGAAAUGAGAACGUUUUCUCUAAAUGUCUGAUUUUGGUAGAAAUACCGAAAAAUCGGUAGGUUCGACAACACUGCUGGCCAAGAGUAUGUGAGGUUGAGCGAACGUCACGUGAUUGGAUGCGCGAUCGGUUUUCACUUUGGCGCACUUUUUCUAACACGCUUCUUUCUCUCGUACACAUGCAAGUCUAAAAGGGAAAAUGGUUGGUACCGUAUAGAAUUUUUUAAGCUUUAUUGGAGUUUGUAAUUGUUGUAAUAGUUAUAUUUUAUUACUAUAUAAGGUGAUGGUUAUAGAUAUUUUAGAUAAAUAUAUUUAUAGUGCAAUACUUACAUGUAUAGAUCUUUCAUGGGUUCUUUGACAAAAAUGUAUGGAUUGACUAUGAAAAGUAAUGCUUUUCAAGUAUGAAUCUCGCAAUCUGACAUUGCUUAAACAAAACGCGAAACGCGUUAAUUUUGCAUUUUUGUGCAUCUAUUUGCAAUGUUAUCAAUCGGUUAGACGUUACGUGUAGUUUUAUUGUGAAUCAUUGAAAAGUCUAUACAGUGUUAUGUUGAAAUACUGUCGAUUUUGAAACUUUUUGUAUUUUAAAGUUUUAUUUACCCUAUAGGUAUACUUUUUUAAGCAAGGUCCACCCCAUACUUAUUUUUAGAACGAGUGAAGCCGAGAAUUGAUGCAUAGAUUAUUUUAGCUUGAAAAUGGUAAUUGGAACUUCGUAUGCAUUCUUUAUAAUCUUAGAAUGUAAAUUCAAUAUCUUUUAAAAUGGCGAACGGACUUUUUUAAUGGAAUGCUCCGUAAUUUAUUAUGAAUUCGGAUAAAUCCUUAUCAUUAGUUGUUGGGUUAUGAGAUUCAAUGUACAGGGUGGCCAACUAAGAAUUCGAGGUACUGCAUCAGGGAACCUAUCCAUCGUAGAGGCUUGAGGCGAAAAAAGUUAUUACUGAUAAUCUUGUUUGGCCUAACUUUUAGGUUUACAGACUUAUCAGUGUGAAACGAUUCUGGAAAUACACAUUUGAAGAAAAAAUUGAACUGACGGAACUUCGAAAGAAAUGCAAAACGAUCUACUGGAUUGUAUUCUUGACGUUUGUCAUGAAGCAAUAAUAAAACAGAUUAACAGAGCCUCGUAUUUGGCGAUAAUAGCAGAUGAAACAACGGACAUUUCGGGGAAAACCCAACUGGUAACAAUUUUCAGAUACGUAUUUAACGGCGAACCAGUAGAACGUUUUUGGAAUUAUAUGAAUCCCGAAAAAUGUGACGCUGAUACUCUCACAAGACAUAUUUUGAGCGUCGUAGAUCCAUUAAUAGGAAAUUUCCCUAACAAACUGAUUUCACAAAGCUGUGCUAGAGCCGCGGUAAUGAGCGGACAUAAUGCUGGAGUACAGGCAAAAAUUAAACAAAGAUAUCCAUUUGCUCAGUAUAUGCAUUGCUAUGCGCAUCAGUUAAACCUGAUUAUGUCCCAAGCUGCUUCUGCAAAUGCUCAAGUUCGGGUGUUCUUUGGGGAUUUGAAAGAAAUUCCGGGAUUUUUUAUAAUUCUCAACGCGUAGAGGUGCUGAACAGAAUUGUGGGGAAAAAAUUCCCCAAGGAGCAACAACUCGUUGGAAUUUUGAUAUUCGGACAAUAAAUGUAGUGUUUGAGAACAGAGAAACACUCAUUAAAUGCAUGGAAGAAAUAGAAGAAAAUUUCACUAAUGAAACCGUUUGCAAAACAGCUUGUGGUAUUCGCCGUAUGUUAAACGAUUCUGUUUUCGUAUUUUGGUUGACAUUUUUUUAUCAUGUCAUGCCUCACGUCGACAUCUUGUUCAACCAGUUGCAGAAGAGAAAAACCGAGCCAACGCAAGUUAAAACUGAUGACAUAAUAAAUGAAGCCAAAAGUAUUUGCACUGAACCCCAAGGCAACAAAAGGAGGCGACGUAAUAAUAGCAGUCACGAUCACCGAGUUGCCGCAUUAGAAGUAUGCGACAAUAUAGUGAAUUCUGCAAAUGACAGAUUCCCGAACACUUUGGAGAAUAGUGGUAAGUUUCCUGAUGACAAGUUGGAAACUACCUGCUUGGCUUAUCCCGAAUUAGAAAAAAGUCGUUUAAAGACAGAGUUGUCCGUUAUUUAUGCUCGGAAUGAUUGCCGAUAUUUACAUGGAACUCUGUCUCUUUUGAAAGUUUUUAUACAAAAUAGUUUGGAAGAAACACUAAAAGAAACAAAAAAGCUAUUAGAAAUUAUUGUUACAACUCCUAUGUCAACAUCAGAGGCUGAGCGAAAUUUCUCAACAUUGAAAAGAAUCAAGACCUUUCUUCGAAAUACUAUGACCCAGGAACGCCUUAUAGCGUUGCCGAUGUUGUCCAUUGAAAAGAAACUUAUUUCGACCAUGGAAAAUUUCAACGGGAAGGUGAUCGACAAAUUUGCUGCCAAGGAGCGCAGGAUCGAACUGACAUAAAAAAUAGGCAAGUUCGGAUUUGCCGAACAGCCGUUUUAUUUUGCCACGAGCCGCCACUGAUACAGGGUGUUUUUACGGAAGCCACCUUUAAAUACCCCCCACGACUCUUUUUAGAGAUGCAGCAGAAAUUAUCAAACAGAAAAAGUUUAGCUUAUCCUAGACUAUAGAUCAGGUAUUUUUUUGUUAGGUUUACUAUAGCUGAAUUCAUAGAAACAUCACUUUUUUAGAUUCAAGAUUGCAGUUACGUCCCCUAACAGCCAUUUCAGGAACUUGAAACUAUUUUCCAGGCUUUAUCUUGGCCGUUUUAUACUAUAACUAUCUAAAACUGUAAUGACUCAUCGAUGUUCACGUGAACAUCACUUAACUACCAGUAGUUGGCUGUUCAUAGGCGAGGUAUGAAUGUUUAACAGGGGUGAACUAGAUUUGUCACAUGCUUAAUAAAGAGUGGUUUGAAACAUAUUGUAAGUCAAAAAUUUGGGAAUUACCUUUAUUCAUCGUCGCUUCCACUUACAUCUGACAGUAACAAACUGUCGCUAUCGCUUUCCUCGUUGAAAUUGACUAUAACUGGCUCUAUGAUGGUGUCGAUGUGGUGGUCAAGCUGCCACAUUUUUGUUUCUUCCUUCACAACAUGACGGAUAGCAUUCUGCCAAGCUUCGGGCGUUACUAGCUGUAUGGAAGUCUCAAGUAAAACCUUAACGUCUGGUAAUUUGAAGGUUGUGUUAUGGCGCGCAAUAUAACCCUUCACUUGAGCCCAGAUGAGCUCUAUUGGGUUCAGUUCACAGUGGUAGGGCGGUAACCGCAGCACAGUGACGGGCCAUCUCAUCAGUCACGUAACUAAUGUUAGCAGGUUUGUGCUGUUUAAUUUUUUCAUACAAUUCCGCUUUCACACAUGAAUUGUCAAACGGGAUUCCUUUUUCGCGCAACCAUUGCUGCAUGUCACUUUUUCGAGAUUCCAUAGUCGGUACACCUUCGGCUCGACGACUAUGGUAGGAAGCAUUAUCCAUGACGAUCACAGAGUUGGGCUCAACUCGCUGAAGCACCCCUUGAAACCAGCUCUCGAAGCAGCUGGCAUUCAUUUCGUCAUGGUAAUCACCUCCUUUCUUAGAGACGAAAAUCAAGUCACACUCUUCUAAAAAGCCACUACCGCUACCAAUAUGAGUUACGAUCAAUCUUUGACCUUUCCCUGACGGUCCACGGAGACCUGUUGACAAACCUUCAAUGCUUGCUUGUCGGUGACUCACUACGUUUUUGUCUAUCCAGGUUUUUUUAACUGUGUGACCUGCAUUUAUCCAUGUCUCGUCCAAAUAAUAGAUUAUUCUGUUUUGUCGCCUAAAUUCAAUCAUUUCGCGUAGGUAUUUUCGACGCCAGGCGACUAUUUCAGGUCUCUCUAUCAAUACUGACUUCCGAUUACGCGUUUCGUAACGAAAAUUAAUUUCGUGCAGGGAUUUCCUCAUUACCUCGACGCUCAUUUGGGGUAUAAUUUCAUUUUCCUUGAUCGCUGCAUGUACAGCCUUGAGGGUUGGUAUCUCAUUCCUAAAGAAGAAUGAAUGUACGGUUCGCCUUAACGCCAUUUUGCUAUCGUCAUCCAAUUUAACGGCCUUUCGUCCCUUCAAAUUAAACUUUGGAUCAGUAGUAGCUCCAGUUUUCUUCUUUUCAUGCACCACCCUGCGAAUGGUCCACUCUGGAACGCCUGUCAUACUUUCACAACGCGCGAGUGCAUCUCCCUGCGACAUAGUUCGGUUCAGAUAAUUGAACACGUUGAGCACGAUUUCUUUCGCGUCCCUCUUCAGUGUUUUACGACGCCGUCUACUUGUUCCCUGGCUUUCAGUACUUCCACUCGUGCCAUUUGUACUCUCCAUGGUUAAGUAUAACCAAAACAGUAACCACAGAAACCACAACAAUAAGAAUCACACAACAAUUCUUAUAAAUACACACAAUAUGCGAUCGCUCAACGAAACACGUUCCAAUGCUUUGCCGACGCCUAUGAGUCUGCCGGUCGAGGCGCGUCUUUGAUUUCAUUGGUUCUACCGGCGGAGAACAAUCAGCCAUUAUUUCCAUCUCUGUCUGUGCUGUUGACCACCGCAAAGCCACAGAAACGACAUAUGUCGUACGCUAUACGGCUGUACUGGAAGGAAGCCGGGAUCGAGCUCUGAUCACGUGUUGAUCACGCGUAUGAGUCAUUACAGUUUUAAAUAGUUGUAGUAUAGUAAUAAAUGUUUCGAGAUACAGUACACCUCGCGUUCUUAGGUGGCCACCCCCGUAGAAAGACAAGUUUUACAAUCCGCCAUUUUAUUUUGAACGAUAGCCAAUUUAUAUUUUACGAUUAUAAGGUACGCAUAAGAAGCUUCGAAAUGAGAUAUCACAUCACCUCUCGUACAAUUUAAAGAAGUUCUAAAUGGCGCCUAGGUACCAUCUUGAAAAUUACAAGUGCAGUUUUUAGGUCAGAAUAGACGAUCGUGCAUCCUUUUCAUCACUCCGAAUUUCAGCUUAUCAACCUGGCCCACUCAAAAAAUGAGAGACAAGUACUGUAUACAGGGUAUUCCAAAAGUCGACGUCAAGGCGGAAAGAAUGGUUAUCAGAAAAAUAUAAAAAAAAAUCUAAAUCACAAUCAUGAUUUUAUAAAAGUGGCGUUACUACGUAGAAUGACACCAUCUAAGAAAAAAUUGAAAUUCGACGUAAUGGGAACUCUACCCUGUAGAUUUUUCCGAUUUUUUUUAAGCUCAUAAUUGACGUCGACUUAUGGGACACUAGGAUCAAAAUAAGAUAUUUCUUUAUAUUCAAUUUUUUAUAUCUAUGAUGUUUGUGCGAUUUUUUAAAUUUUAUACAUACCUGGAAUCGUAAAAUAAAAAACCACAAAAUGC